AUGGCCACAUUACACGAGGCGCUCCAAUGCCUCAAGCCAACAUCAUGGGAUGAGGUCCCCCAAGAACCUGCCGAGCUGCGCAAAUACGUACGCGAAAUCUUCAAGCACAGCCGACUGGUAGCAGAAUCGCUCCCGGUCCCUCCCUCCACCGAAAGUGAUACAUAUCCUGGGCUGGACCUAGAUACGGACGAUAUUGUGUUCCCGCGGUUCGCGCCAUCAAAUGCACGGGUCGAAGAAACCGACCCGGAAAUUACAGCAUUACAAAAAGAAUGGGGGAAGCCACUCAAGAUGGGCGGUCCGAGAGACAAUCCAUUGGACGUGACUGUAUGGAAGCUCUCUGCAAAUGACGGUGGGGGCUCAUGGUUUGGACGGAGGAGUGUACACGAGGGCCUUCCCUUUGACCGGUGGCGAGAGAAGAUUUCGACGGAAUACGACGAGACGUUGAAAGUCAACCAAAAGAAACUUGCGAAAGGACAGACGGCCGAUAAAAGUAUUCGUGGGAUUGGCGCGGAGGAGAAACUUGAGUCGAUCGAGAUCAAAGAUGACGAUGGCUCGGUGCUGGGUGAUUUGAUCGUGUACCACGUCUCAGCCCAAUUUCCUAAGCCUACCGCACCCCGCGACUUCGUGGCCCUGAUCAUCAACUCUGAUUCGGGGUUGCAGAUUGGAGGCACUAAACAACCGGGUCGCAGCUGGAUGAUGAUUUCCAAGCCAAUCGAUCACCCUGAUGUACCACCCAAGCAAGGCUACACCCGAGGCAAUUAUGAGUCGGUCGAGCUCAUUCGCGAGAUCCCGAGGAAUAGCGAUAGUGGCAGCAGCUCCUCUAGCCAGAAGGAUAAGAAGGGCAGUGAUUCUUCUUCUGGUGUGGACCGUGCCGGUGAAGGGUCUGACAAGAAGGGAUCGGACUCAUACAAUGAGGAUGAUACGAUGAAUCCCGUUGAGUGGAUUAUGGUCACUAGAAGUGACCCAGGUGGCAGUAUCCCACGAUGGAUGGUUGAUAAGGGAACGCCUAGAAGUGUGGGACUGGACGCUGCCAAAUUCAUCAACUGGGCUAUUCAGGAUGACAAGCCAUCCAAGGAGAGCAGUCCAGGCGCCGAGGAGUCCAACGCUUCCACCCCCGAGGCUAAAUCGGGGAAGUCUGUGAAUAAUGAAUCCGACUGCGACGAGGCCGGUGAUUCAGACUCAGACUACGAAUCACUCGAAAGUGACGGCGAGCACUCUCACCACGGGUUGAUCGCCAGUGUCACGGGCCUCCUAAGCUCGGGUCUGGAAAGAUAUGGUCCACAGGUUCUGGGAUAUGGAUCCGGCACACAGGCACCGCAAAGUGUUGGUGAACCAAGCCACCCACAAGGUGACGCAACUGCCAAAGAUCACUUAAGCACAGGGAGUGCUCAACGGGCGAAGCCAGCCUCCGAAGUCGAGUCUUCCAAAUCUCGCGAGCCAGAUCUCGCGUCCAUGACGUCUGUUCAAUCUGACGGUGCAGUACCAGUCGUUGACGACCUUGCACAAAACAAUAUGCGCCCAGAAGAAUUGAUCCAAAUGACAAAGAACGGCAAGCUCACGUCUCACGAGAAAGAGCUCGCAAAGCUAGCCCUUCGCAAACGCGAAGUUGAAGGCAAGCUCGAAGAAGUCCGCGCAGAACUUGAAAAACUUAAUGUUACGCAACUACCUACAAAUCCCGGGGCCCCGCUGAAAGGCCUCAACGAGACGGAUAGCGAUGCCAGCGGACUACGAAAACGCGCGGCUACCAACCGCUCCUCCACUCCUGCAAGCAGUACCACACAGCAGAGCCCUCAAGACAGCAGCGAGAAGUCUUCGCAGACAGCCACACCUGAUUCAGUGGCCAACCACAAAGCUGCCACCCAGCUUUUGAGUGGGGAGACCAAACUCUUGAAACAGCUGCGCAAGAUUGAGGCUAGUCAGGUCAAGGUUGCAUCAAAGAUCGAAACAAAGCAGCGAAAGAACGUAGAGCGUUCUGAGAAAUCCAAGUCCAAGUCCGAGGUUGAAAGCUUGAGACAAGAAGUUCACGAUCUCAAAAAGGAGGUGAGGCAGCUCAGGAGUGACCGCCAGAAGUAUGUCGAUCUUGUGGGCUCGCUCCAGGCCGAGAAUUCGAGGUUGGUGGCUAAAGGGGAGAAAUGA